ACUGUCGUUGAGGCGGGGGAAGGAAAACAGGAGGAAGUGUGUCGAGGUGCGGUGGAGGGGGAGGUGUCGAGCAAAGCCGCCCGCCGAUCUCGGCAAAGCACCGACAUCAUUCCCGCAUUGCCUGCACUUUGCUACUUUCCACCUCCAUGAAUGCUUUUCCUCAGUCCUUGACGAGUGCGUGUGCGCUCCACUGAACCACCUGACCAUGUCGCUAUAUCGGUGCGCACUGCGAAAGCAGGCUCUGACUCCCUUCCGACGCUCCUUCUCAGCCUCCCCGCGAGCACUGGCAGAUCACGUUCGAAUCAUCGAGGUCGGCCCACGCGAUGGUCUGCAGAAUGAGAAGAAGAGCAUACCGGUGGAGACGAAGAUCGAACUGGUGAAGAGACUGGCAAAGACGGGCCUGACCACCAUCGAAGCAGGCUCCUUCGUCGCCCCGAAAUGGGUGCCCCAAAUGGCCGCAUCCGACAAGGUGCUGUCCUCCAUCUUGGCCAGCCCUCCCUCCUCCCCUACCCCAAUCACCUACCAAUGGCUCCUGCCCAACUCCAAGGGCCUCGACAACUACUUCAAAAUCAUGAACACCUCCUCCUCCGCCCCCGACGGCUAUCCCACCCCUCCUCCGUCCCCCAAAUCCGAUGCUGGACCCGCACUAAAUACCUCCCCGCAAAACCCUAACGAGUCCACCGCACCGAAUCAAAGCCACGAAGUCUCCAUCUUCAUGGCAGCGACGGAGACGUUUAGCAAGAAAAACACAAAUUGCACCGUGCAGGAAUCUCUCGACCGCUUCGCGCCUCUGAUCAAAGCCAGCAAGGAAGCAGGCUACCCCGUGCGCGCCUACAUCUCUGUCGCCCUUGGCUGUCCCUUUGAAGGCCCCGACGUAGAUCCCCACAGAGUUGCUGAGAUCGCUACAAGUUUGAUGGAGAUGGGGGCCGACGAGCUCAGCGUGGCGGAUACGACGGGCAUGGGCACUGCGCCGCGCACGCGGAAACUGCUGCAGACGCUAAAGGAGGCGGGCAUCCGGAAUGAGGAUGUGGCGAUGCAUUUCCACGACACUUUUGGGCAGGCGCUGAUCAAUACCAUGGUUUCGUUGGAUCAUGGCAUUCGCGCUUUUGAUAGUGCUGUCGGUGGUCUGGGUGGCUGUCCUUACUCUCCUGGGGCCACCGGCAAUGUGGCGACGGAGGAUCUGGUGUACGCGUUGCAUUCGCUGGGCGCGAAGACGGGCGUGGACUUGGAGGAGUGCAGUCGGAUUGGAGAGUGGAUCACCGGGGAGAUUGGGAAGGGCAAUGCGUCGAGUGCGGGCAGAGCUACGCUCGCGAGGCUGCGGCGGGAGGGCAGUGCGUGAGAAUGUGUUCCACGAUGCACCAAGGCAUAUCUAAAACUAUAAGAUGAGAAGUUUAGGAGCGGACACGGGUUGAAUAUUCGUUACUCAAUGCCUCGACAUAGCAUGCAAAUAGGUUAAAAGCAAGCC